AUUGCUCUGCGAGGCCGGCUUGUGAGCCGCGCCAGUGGAAAGGCGCGUGUCGGCCUCUCACUGGCGCAACCUUCACCGCUAGUGCCGCUCCGCUCCGCUCCGCCCCACCCUGUCGUUGUCGCAGCCGCUGCAGCGGACGAAGCCCUGCUCAGGCAUGGGCAGCAAGGGGGACACGAGCGGUGCUUGUGCCGCAGCUGCGUGGCCGGUGACAGGUACCUAGGGGUGGCGUGGGGAGGCCUCAUGGACGGGGAGAGAGUCUGGGGCGCGAGGCGACCCUGUACCCGGUCACCUUGAGCUUCUGCCCUACCCUGACUCAGUUUCCCAGCCAUCCAUCUAUUCGCGAGCGCUCCGAGUUGCCUUCAGUGGUCUUCCAGGCAAGGAUUUUGCUAUAAAAUGGGACUUCUGAUUGUACUCACUGGACUGUGGCUGAUCGCUUCAGUAAAGGCAGAUUCAAAAGCUAUUACAACCUCUCUUACAACAAAAUGGUUUUCCACCCCACUGUUGUUAGAAGCCAGUGAGUUUUUAGCAGAAGACAGUCAAGAGAAAUUUUGGAAUUUUGUAGAAGCCAGUCAAAAUAUUGGAUCAUCAGAUCAUCACGGUACUGAUUAUUCUUAUUAUCACACAAUAUUGGAAGCUGCAUUUCAGUUUCUGUCACCUCUACAGCAGAAUUUGUUAAAAUUUUGUCUGUCUCUUCGUUCUUACACAGCUACAAUUCAAGCCUUCCAGCAGAUAGCAGCAGAUGAACCUCCACCAGAAGGUUGUAAUUCAUUCUUUUCAGUGCAUGGAAAGAAGACUUGUGAUUUUGAUACCCUUGAGACUCUUCUAUUAACAGCAUCUGAAAGACCCAAACCUUUAUUAUUCAAAGGAGAUCACAGAUAUCCCUCAUCUAAUCCUGAAAGCCCUGUGGUGAUUUUCUACUCUGAGAUUGGCUAUGAGGAAUUUUUAAGUUUCCACCGCCAACUUAUAUCAAAAAGCAAUGCAGGCAAAAUCAAUUAUGUAUUCAGACAUUAUAUAUCUAAUCUUAGGAAGGAGCCUGUUUACCUCUCUGGGUAUGGUGUGGAGUUGGCUAUUAAGAGCACUGAAUACAAGGCCAAGGAUGAUACUCAGGUGAAAGGAACUGACGUAAACACCACAGUGAUUGGUGAAAAUGAUCCUAUUGAUGAAGUUCAAGGAUUCCUUUUUGGAAAAUUAAGAGACCUGCACCCUGACCUGAAGGGACAGUUGAAAGAACUCAGAAAGCAUCUUGUGGAGAGCACCAAUGAAAUGGCACCUCUAAAAGUUUGGCAGUUGCAAGAUCUAAGUUUCCAGACUGCUGCCCGAAUCUUGGCUGCUCCUGUUGAGUUAGCUUUGGUCAUUAUGAAGGAUCUUAGUCAAAAUUUUCCUACCAAAGCCAGAACAAUAACGAAAACAACUGUGAGUUCAGAACUUAGAACUGAAGUGGAAGAGAAUCAGAAGUAUUUCAAGGGAACUUUAGGAUUACAGCCUGGAGAUUCAGCUCUCUUCAUCAAUGGACUUCAUAUUGAUUUAGAUACGCAGGAUAUAUUCAGCCUGUUUGAUGUAUUGAGGAAUGAAGCUCGGGUAAUGGAGGGUCUGCAUAGAUUGGGAAUAGAAGGCCUUUCUCUGCAUAAUGUUUUGAAGCUGAACAUCCAGCCCUCUGAGGCCGACUAUGCAGUAGACAUCAGGAGUCCUGCUGUUUCUUGGGUCAACAACCUGGAGGUUGAUAGCAGGUAUAAUUCGUGGCCUUCUAGUCUACAAGAGUUGCUUCGACCCACCUUUCCUGGUGUUAUCCGGCAGAUCAGGAAAAACUUGCAUAACAUGCUUUUCAUAGUUGAUCCUGCACAUGAGACCACAGCAGAGUUGAUUAACACAGCUGAGAUGUUCCUCAGUAAUCAUAUACCCCUAAGAAUUGGUUUUAUCUUUGUGGUUAAUGACUCUGAAGAUGUUGAUGGAAUGCAAGAUGCUGGAGUGGCUGUUCUUAGAGCAUAUAAUUAUGUUGUCCAAGAAGUGGAUCAUUACCAUGCUUUCCAAACUCUGACACAUGUCUAUAACAAGGUGAGGACUGGAGAAAAAGUGAAAGUUGAAUAUGUGGUCAGUGUCCUGGAGAAGAAAUACCCAUAUGUGGAAGUGAAUAGCAUUUUGGGGAUUGAUUCUGCUUAUGAUCAAAAUCGGAAGGAAGCAAGAGGCUACUAUGAGCAGACUGGAGUCGGUCCACUGCCUGUCGUUCUGUUCAAUGGGAUGCCCUUUGAAAAGGAACAACUAGAUCCUGAUGAGUUGGAAACCAUCACAAUGCACAAAAUUCUGGAGACCACAACCUUCUUCCAAAGAGCGGUGUACUUGGGUGAACUGCCCCAUGAUCAAGAUGUGGUAGAGUAUAUAAUGAAUCAGCCAAAUGUUGUUCCACGAAUCAAUUCUAGGAUUUUGACAGCAGAGCGAGAGUACCUGGAUUUAACAGUGAAUAAUAACUUCUUCGUGGAUGAUUAUGCUAGAUUCACUGUUCUGGAUUCUCAAGGCAAGACUGCUGCUAUAGCCAAUAGUAUGAACUAUCUGACAAAGAAAGGAAUGUCCUCCAAGGAAAUCUAUGAUGAUUCUUUUAUUAGGCCAGUAACUUUCUGGAUUGUUGGGGAUUUUGAUAGGCCUUCUGGCCGGCAGUUAUUAUAUGAUGCUAUUAAACAUCAGAAAUCCAGUAACAAUGUUAGAAUAAGCACGAUUAAUAAUCCUAGUGAAGAGAUAAGUUAUGAGAACACUCAGAUCUCCAGAGCAAUCUGGGCAGCUCUCCAAACGCAAACCUCCAACUCUGCUAAGAACUUCAUCACCAAAAUGGCCAAGGAGGAGACCGCACAGGCCCUGGCUGCAGGAGCUGACAUCGGGGAGUUCUCCGUUGGGGGCAUGGAUUUCAGUCUUUUUAAAGAGGUCUUUGAGUCUUCCAAAAUGGAUUUCAUUUUGUCUCAUGCCGUGUACUGCAGGGAUGUUCUGAAGCUGAAGAAGGGACAGAGGGCAGUGAUCAGCAAUGGAAGGAUCAUUGGGCCACUGGAGGAUAGUGAGCUCUUUAAUCAAGAUGAUUUCCACCUCCUAGAAAAUAUCGUCUUAAAAACUUCAGGGCAGAAAAUCAAAUCUCAUAUUCAACAGCUUCGGGUAGAAGAAGAUGUGGCAAGUGACUUGGUAAUGAAGGUGGAUGCUCUCCUGUCUGCUCAACCAAAAGGAGAUACAAGAAUUGAGUACCAGUUUUUUGAAGAUAGACACAGUGCAAUUAAACUGAGGCCAAAGGAAGGGGAGACGUACUUUGAUGUCGUUGCUGUUGUUGACCCUGUCACCAGAGAGGCACAGAGACUUGCCCCGUUGCUCUUGGUUUUGACUCAGCUAAUAAACAUGAAUCUAAGAGUAUUUAUGAACUGUCAAUCUAAACUUUCCGACAUGCCUUUAAAAAGCUUUUACCGUUAUGUCUUAGAACCAGAGAUUUCUUUCACUUCAGACAAUAGCUUUGCUAAGGGUCCAAUAGCCAAAUUUUUGGAUAUGCCACAGUCUCCACUGUUCACUCUGAAUUUGAACACACCUGAGAGUUGGAUGGUAGAAUCUGUCAGAACGCCAUAUGAUCUUGACAAUAUUUAUUUAGAAGAGGUGGACAGCAUAGUGGCUGCUGAGUAUGAGCUGGAGUACCUGUUACUAGAAGGUCAUUGCUAUGACAUCACCACUGGCCAACCCCCACGAGGACUGCAGUUUACAUUGGGAACUUCAGCCAACCCAGUCAUCGUGGAUACCAUUGUUAUGGCCAAUCUGGGCUACUUUCAGCUAAAAGCCAACCCAGGAGCUUGGAUUCUCAGACUUAGGAAGGGACGUUCUGAAGAUAUUUAUAGAAUCUACAGCCAUGACGGUACUGAUUCUCCUCCUGAUGCUGAUGAGGUUGUUGUCAUCCUCAACAACUUCAAAAGCAGAAUCAUUAAAGUGAAGGUUCAGAAGAAGGCAGACAUGGUGAACGAGGACUUACUGAGUGAUGAAGCAAAUGAGAAUGAAUCUGGAUUUUGGGACUCCUUCAAAUGGGGCUUUACAGGACAGAAGACUGAGGACGUAAAACAAGAUAAAGAUGACAUAAUUAAUAUUUUCUCUGUUGCAUCUGGUCAUCUCUAUGAAAGAUUUCUUCGCAUAAUGAUGCUAUCAGUGCUGAAGAAUACCAAGACUCCUGUAAAAUUCUGGUUCUUGAAGAAUUAUUUGUCCCCCACAUUUAAGGAGUUUAUACCUUACAUGGCAAACAAAUACAAUUUUCAGUAUGAGCUUGUUCAGUACAAAUGGCCCCGGUGGCUUCAUCAACAGACUGAAAAACAACGCAUUAUCUGGGGUUACAAGAUCCUCUUCCUGGAUGUACUUUUCCCUCUGGUUGUUGACAAAUUCCUGUUUGUGGAUGCUGAUCAGAUUGUUCGAACAGAUCUGAAAGAGUUAAGAGAUUUCAAUUUGGACGGUGCCCCUUAUGGUUAUACUCCUUUCUGUGACAGCCGAAGAGAAAUGGAUGGCUACAGGUUCUGGAAGUCAGGUUACUGGGCCAGUCAUUUAGCGGGGCGAAAGUAUCAUAUCAGUGCACUGUAUGUUGUGGAUCUGAAGAAGUUUAGGAAAAUAGCUGCUGGUGACAGACUCAGAGGACAGUACCAAGGUCUGAGUCAGGAUCCUAACAGCCUUUCAAAUCUUGAUCAAGAUUUGCCCAAUAACAUGAUCCAUCAGGUGCCAAUUAAAUCACUCCCUCAGGAGUGGCUUUGGUGUGAAACGUGGUGUGAUGACGCCUCUAAGAAAAGAGCAAAAACAAUCGAUUUGUGUAAUAAUCCAAUGACCAAAGAGCCCAAGCUGGAAGCAGCUGUACGAAUUGUCCCAGAGUGGCAGGACUAUGAUCAAGAAAUCAAACAGCUACAGAUCCACUUUCAGAAGGAGAAAGAAACAGGGACGCUGUAUAAGGAGAAGACAGAAGAACUGAGCCGAGAAGGACCUCAGAAGCAUGAAGAAUUAUGAUCUCUGGAGGAGGAUAGGAGAUUAUACUAUUUGAAAAACAGUUUUUAUACGAACUGAUAGUUUUUUUGAUCUGUCUGUACAACUGCUGAUAAAAUGGCCGGGCAGGGGUGCCCCACCUUUUGAUUCUGAGCAUUUGAUUUUGACUUCUGCACACCAGUGGACGCUAUAUCUCUGGGUUAAGGCUCUAUUGGAUUUGUACCUCAGAGGAAGACAAGUGGCUGAUCUUUUGGGACUUUGUAGAGAGCAAUCUUCUAAUCAGAGGGGGAAAUGGCAGCAACAACUGGAAGAAAAUGAGCCCUUUGGUGCCCAUACCCAAGAGCACACACAUGCUGCACUGUCGCAGGAAGCAGGCCAGCCAGAGCCGCCAUGUUCUUCCUUACCUCAGUUUACCUGCAGCUUUUGCUGGGUCAGGCCAGCAGAAGCUUUGUCCAAGGUCACUACACCUCGAGGUUUACGCCAGUGUGCUCCUUGUGCCCUUCCUGCAUUCUCUUCCUAGGCAUUAGGUUCAUUGUUUAAUUGAAACUCAGCCAACAAUUGUGUGUCUUCAGUGUCGGCUUGGUGCAGUGGUUACACAUAUUAAUUUGAGGACAAGAUUGGAAUGGGGUGGGGUGAAUGUAGGGAAAAUAGCAGGAUUAGGGGGGCCUCUUAAGUGUUGGGGGAGGGGAGGAAGACCAGAAAUUGGCCAUUCUCUUUUAUGAACUAUUGGUACCAUCAUGGCUAAUUUGAAAUGAAAACAUUAUUCUUAUUUCCUACCCAACCCCAGUGAACUUUUUAGGUAAUUGUUUUGUAAACAGUUUUUGUAUGUAUGAAAGUCUUUGCUUUUUCUUCUCACUUUCUAAAAAAGGCCUGCUAUCAAUUUCCUUACUGGAUACAGCCAUACUAAGCCCCUCUAGUGAUCCGUCUUGGAGGGCUCAGGGCUCCCUCUGGACGAUGACCACGGUGUUUGCCCUCUCCUGUGUAGGGCUUUCUCUCAGACCCAGAGGACAGUGGGUUGGACUUUUUUCUACAAAAUGCUCCCAGAUCUAAGACCCGGAAAAUUUUUGACUGUGGGAUUAAUAUUUUUUGUACACUGUCCUAUAUUCCUUUUAUUUUAGCACCGUGGGUUGCCUUUGGCUUACAGAAAUUGCCAGUGCCCAGACCAGCUCUGACUUCACGUAGUUGCACUGUGAAGCACUGCUAGCCCUUCAGUCAUUGCUUUCUGUGUCUUCACCCGACAGCUCAGCAUUGGCUUUUUGGGAGCAGCCUUUGCUGAUGAACGGGCCAUCAGGUCUUGGUGUGGUGUUGGCCUUAGAGGGAGAAGGCUCUGGUGACGUGGCUCUGUCUCUGCCCAGGCUGCAGGGCACAGCAGCAAGAGUGCGGACAGGGUGCCACACUUGCUUUCCAAGGCACACAGGCUGUUGCCUUCAUAUUUUCCCUGCUUUUUAAAAAUAUAAGGAGAGGGUGCAAAUGGAUAGGUAAAUCCUUACCCUUCUAUGCCAGGUAACAUAUUGAUGUGUAGUCUUUUUUAAAAAUCAAAGUCUAUCACAUAUGCAAAGUAUUUUAUUUUUCCCAUUUUCAUAUGCAAAAGUUAGCUUAGGAGCCUCCCAGUCAGUCUGAAGGAGAUUUUGACUUUGCUUUCAUAAUUUCAUCAAAAAUUGGGGAGAAGGGGCUAGCUGGUUAGUUGGUUAGAGCGUGAUGCUGAUAGCACCAAGGUCCAGGAUUUGAUCCCUGUACUGGCCAGCCUCCAAAAAAGAAAAAAAAAAAAUUGGGGAGGGCUGAAUUUAAAAGAGAAUUAGAUAAAUUCAUCUGAGACUGAACAGGUGCCCCAGAAUCACUGCCAUUGACAAAGGAUGUAGCAUGAUUUCUCCCUGCCCUGCCCUUCACCUGGCCAGAGCAGCCGAAGGGAUAGGAUCAGUGAGAUUAAAAAGCAUUUGUUCAAACUUCAUCUUCACAUUUUAUUAAGCCUUCAGGGAGGCCACUGCCUACAACAAUGGGCAGAAAUGUGCAUUUUCCCAGUAUAUUGACUGGGAUGUUGAGCAGGAAAUACUCAGCUCACUGGGAUUUGCUUUUCAAAUGCUAGUUCCCAUGGGAUGCAGAAUUGGCCACCUUUCUCUGUGUCUUUCUACCAAGUCUCCCAUACAUAUUCUAUGUAAGGAAGGCGCAGAGUGAAAUAAAAGUUCUCUGUGUGGUGCGUGUGUCCUGUGUCACUCAUUGGCCCUUAUCUGUCAUCACCCUGACAUGAGUCUUACUAAUAGCUGACUCUGAUGAAUGCAACACCCAGCCUGCUUCUGAAAUGAUCUAUGCUCCUCCUCCUGCCAGUUUCUUUUCAUGCUUUAUGGGACAUAAUUGCCUUUAAAGUUAAACGAAUGCCCUAGGAAAUGAUGUUACCAGUAAAAUGUGGUCUUGGUCAGCUUUGUCUGUUGUCUCUACCAUAAGAAAAAACACUGUGACUGAAUAGAUAGGUAAGACAGGUUUUUUUCCCCCAGGAAUCAGGAGUUGAUUGCGCUGAAUGUUCAAGCUUCUGGAAACUGUUUAUAGUGUGUUGUUCUUAGCCAUUAUUUAUAUGUAAUGGAUUUUUUUUUUUUUUAUCAUCAUGCCAUAAUGGAAAAUUUUCUUUGUGAAUAAGUGGCAGAGUAAUAUGAAAUAAUGUGACAUGUCAGAAUGACAUGCAGCAAUGUGAGCCUGUUUUUAUGUUCUAUGAACAGUGGUAUUUGGUUGAGGUGAAAAUCUGUCACACAGCCUACUGCUGGGGCUGUGGGUUACUCAAUGGUCAGUGUCUCUGGCCUCCUGUGUUUGGUUUUAAAAGCGUCCUGAAUGCUUACCACAUUCAGAGUGAUGGCAUGUUGGUUUUUGGUAAGAAUGAUAAAGUUGUGAAUCUGUGUAAAUGUUGCAUUUCAAAUCAGAUGUGCAGAUGUUUGCACGUCUGCCAAGUUCCCGGGCAUUAUGGUAGGCUGUGCAUUGUGUGAACUCAUUGCACAUAUUACCUAUGUUAAGAAACAGUUUCCAUGCAUGGAGCUUAAUUUACUCUGCUAUCCUUAAGUCCUUAUGUUCUGAACUUUGUUACGGCUCUGCCUGAACAAACACGUGUUAUCCGGUUGUGGGGACUGAGUCCCUGAAUGAAGGGCUGGGAUCUAGGGAUGUUAGUGCAGUAUUUGAAAGAGACUGGUCCAGGGAGGAAGGAAAUCCUAAAGUUUUCUUUAACCAGGAGUUACUCUUUUCUGACACCAUAAUUUGGAAGAGGUCAGACACCACCCUCAUAACAAGUGUAAAAUGAGUCCUCUCCUCCCCAACUCCCCCAUGAGUAAAUUUAGAUACUUGAAAGCAAUCCUUUUCUAAAAUUGCCACGCCUAAUCUGGCUUGAAUGAUUAAAAGAAGGAAUUCAACUCAAAAGUUAUAAGGGGGAAUAAAAGUUACAAGCAAAUUUUAUUCAAUCUUGUUGAGUAGAAUGUUAGUACUGUGGUAUCAGAGUUCAUGGAAAUGGAAAUGUAUUGAUAAAGCUGCCUGAUGGGAACUUUCUCUUGGUAAGGAAAAUGGAGGGUGCAUAAAAAAUGGAGGGUGUAUUAUGUGCAAACUUAUUUAAAUAUAUAUUCCAAUGUUGUGUAAUUUUAAUAAUUAGUGUUUUAAGUACUUGAUUUUAUAGGGACAUUUUGGGGGGGAUGAUGGGCGUUAAUAAAAAAUAGAGCUUGUCUGGUGGGGUAACAUUUUUAAAUUUAAUUCAUGUUUCUCUGAUCUGAUGUAGUGAGGAAAAGAUCUUAAUCAGGACUUUGGUAAUUAAUUACCUGAUUGAAUUCAAACAAGGUAGAUGUCAUUAACUCAUGGGGUUAUUAAUACUUCAAAGUAUCUUUUUGUUUUGGUUGCUGGCUGGUAUGGGGAUCCAAAUGCUUUGACCUUGGUGUUACAACACCAUGCUUUAACCAACUGAGCCAACAUGCCAGCCUGAUAUUUCAAAGUAUCUGGAGGAUGCAAACUUCUCAUUCAUUAUUUGGUCUUUGAUUUUUCUGUAUAAUACAGAAACAAUACUUCUGGCUGGCAGUGAGGAUCUCGCUCCGUCAGGGUGUCACCGAGUGCUGACAAUUUAUAAAAGCAAACCACAAAAUCAGCUUCAAACGGCUGCAUGCUCCCCAGAAGUAGUCCAUAAGGUUUAAACUCCACAGUAAUGAUUUUGCAAGCAAGAUGCCCUCUCCUGAGUUUUUCCAAAUUACCUAGCAGUGCAGAGGCCAGAUGUGGAAGAUUUUGGUGGGGACAUAAGUUAGGGAUGGAGCUGAGGUCUUCAUUCCAGCUGUAUUUUAUGCGUUGCCUUACUUGUCACCAUGUAGAUUUCCAGAGAAAUGGGCAUAAUUCUUCUUAGCAAUGACAAAGAGCAAAAUGCAUUAACCUAAAGCUGACAAUUUGAGAACAAAAGAUUGUCAAAUACCAUGUUUUCCAACCAGUUAUCCAUGGAAAUAACAGGUAAACAUGGAGCAAUGGAGAAAAAUGGUAGAAUUUUUAAAGAAACUAUGUACUUCUUUAUAAGUAUCCUGUUUUACUGUAAUCCUGUUCCAUUAAAUGCAACAUAGUGUCCAGGUGCUGCCCCUUGCUUGGGAACAGCAUUGGGGUUUUAAGUGUCUGCAGAAUCUCUGCAUCUGAAGGGAAUUGAGAAUGAAUUUCUCCUGGUACUGUAAUGAAAUAAGGUCUGCUCAAUAAACUUUUCUUCUCUUCUUUAAAA